AUGAACUGGCGAUUAGUUCUGCCUGGUUCAUGUGAGCAGCUCUCGCAAGCUCCACUUGUUUUCCCAAAGAUAGGCAGUUGAUUACUCCUGUCGGGAUGAUUGGCCUCAACGGAGCACAAGAGUUCAAGCUGAGUUUUAACAACAGCGAGCAUGUAAGAUUGCAUAAUCACAGAAGUGAGUAACGUGAUGUAUGUGACCACCUUCCUGCGUUAUAUUAGGCUUGGUGGUAGAUGCGUUUCUGCUCGUGUCAUUCAGAGGAGGAGUCUCUCAGGAGCGGAUGCCAUUAAUGCCCUGCGGCCCUUUUACUUCGCUGUACAUCCUGAUUUCUUUGGCCAGCAUCCAAGAGAGAGAGAAGUGAAUGAAAACUCCCUCCAAAAGCUAAAUGGUUAUCUGGAAAAUCUUCAAAAGCCUGGAGCGAGAUCCCCCAAACCCACAAACCUCACUUUUUAUGUCAGGGACACAAAAGAAACAGCAGACACCAGCAGUAGACUGAUAGCCUCAGGAUUCCGGUCGGUGAGUUUCACCCUGCAGUCUACGGAUGUUCUGAGCACAGUGCUGGAUGUCCUGAGGUCCUGUAGCCUCUCGGUUGAACACAUGCAGGAUGUGCUCAAGGCUGAGACCAGGAAGAGCUCAACACAACAGCCUGAAACAGCUUUCUAUCGGCCCAUCAAAUGGGACAAGACUUAUUACACUUUCACUGGCUUCAGGGACCCAGAGCAGGAGUUAGAGCAAGCCAAGAGAGUGGAGCCCACACUGAGUUUCUGGCUGAGAAACAAUGAGCCGGAGGCCACAAAGAAACAGAAUGCCAGUCUUCCACACCGUGAGGAGCUGAAAAGAUUGAAAAGAGUGCUGAUUCAGAAACUUGGUUUGUUGGAUAUCAGGUGGCAGCGCAAAUGGGGAGUUUCACACAAAUGCUGUCAGCUGCAGAGUCUGAUUCGUCUCUCCACACAAAACCCUGAGGCCCUGCACCACCUGAGAGGACACAUAAUAGUUUUUACUGACCAAUCAGGGAUGAAUGCCUCAGGGCAUGUGAUGUUAGGAACAAUGGAUGUCCACCAUCAAUGGUCAAAGCUCUUUGAAAGAUUACACAGUUACAGAAGCCUGCUCCAGCAGUCGGACUGGCUGAAGGAGCGCAUCAGUCACCUUCUGGGAGGGAUUCAGGUGAUCCACAUCAAGCGGUUGGGUCCCGCUCUGCCUCUGGAGGAACACUACAGUACCCUCAACACCUUCCACAAGAGACUGUUGCCUCAGCGCCUCUACCUGCACCCCCGCAGCCUGCAAGGCCUCACGAUGACCUUGGAAAAGGACCGCUCCACCCCCUGCCUGCAUGAGAUGGGCCACUUCAUCAUCCCCACUAUGUGUGACACCCUCCAGCUGCAGAACUUCCUCCAGAGCCAGGCCCAGGAGGCCCGGAGACGCAUGCAACGGAAAGACAAGUUGGAGGCAGAGGAAGAAGACCUCAUUUGGAGUUGUCUGCAGGAUCUGUCUCUGCGGAGUCUGUCUAAAGAGCCCAGCGUGUCGAGCAGUCAGAUGAUCCCCUGCUGCAGGCGUCUGAUGGAAGAGAGAUCCCCUCAGAUGCAGGGCCUUCAUCUCUGCGUCUCUCACUUCUAUUCGGUCAUGCAGGAUGGGGAUCUCUGUAUACCAUGGGACUGGAAAGGCUGAAGAACUUUAUUUCAGACAUUAUUACUCAUGUAGUCACUAUAAGAUUUUGAGAUUUUGGAAACGGCCUAUUGGGUUGGCAUAAUUAUAAAUGCACUUUGGUUCCUAAAUACAUGCACAUGGUGUUGUGCUUUUCAGCCAGGUAAUGUGAUGUUAGAACAGAAAGUUGAUUAUUGAUCAUUUUCACUGCCAACCAUAUACAUUAGUCACGAGCAUAA